UUGUUGGUUAGGGAUUGGGGCAAAAAUAAAUCUUUAUAUCCGAGAUCUGUUGGGUGUUUUUUGGUUGCUGGGGUUAGUGGUUUACAAGCUUCGAGGAACUCAGAGAGAGGGAAAAAAAGCUCAGUGUUUUGGUGUCACACUUUUAAGGAUCAAAAGUCUUUUUUUGGGAGAUGAAAUGUGGGGAUAAAGAUUUGGAAACAUAGCAAAAGAGAAGAUUAUGUUGUUUUAGCAUUAACGUUUCGGAUCAAGAGAAAGAACACUUGGGUUCUUUUGGGGUGAGGGAGGAAGAAGAUAGGAGGCGGAUGAGUCCGAAAGCUAUUGUCUUUUGUAGUAAAACCGGUUUCGGUUGAAUAAAAAAAGUAUUGGGGCGUUGAGUUCUUUGUUCUGUUUUUUUAAAGCCUUUUUGCUCAACUGGAGUCGGUUCUUGUUAAGGCAUGGUGUUUUUUUUUUGUGUGGACAAAGGAGUAAAAAGAAAGGUUUUGGGGUUUUGGUGUCGUUUGGAAGACUCUGGUCUGGUUAAAGGAGGUGUUUUGGGAUUUUAAAGGUGUUAUUCUACUUACUUGAAGGAAAAAUGAGACUUUCUUCAGCUGGAGCCAAUCCACAACCUCAGGAAGACCCCUCAGGGGAGGAGAGAGUAUUGAACUCUGAGCUUUGGCAUGCAUGUGCUGGUCCUCUUGUUUCUCUACCUCUGGUUGGAAGUAGGGUUGUUUAUUUCCCACAGGGCCAUAGUGAGCAGGUAGCUGCCACAACCAAUAAGGAAGUGGAUGCCCACAUACCUAGCUACCCGAGCUUACCUCCACAACUUUUUUGUCAGCUUCACAAUGUUACCAUGCAUGCAGAUGUUGAAACAGAUGAAGUAUAUGCACAAAUGACCUUGCAACCACUGACUCCGCAAGAACAAAAGGAGGCUUAUCUGCCUGCAGAAUUCGGUACUCCCAGCAAACAACCGACAAUUUAUUUCUGCAAAACAUUAACAGCCAGUGACACAAGUACUCACGGAGGGUUCUCUGUUCCUCGCCGUGCAGCUGAAAAAGUGUUUCCUCCACUGGACUUCUCCCAACAACCUCCAGCUCAAGAGUUGAUUGCAAGGGACUUGCAUGAUAAUGAAUGGAAGUUUAGGCAUAUAUUUCGUGGCCAGCCCAAAAGGCAUCUCUUGACAACAGGAUGGAGUGUAUUUGUAAGUGCUAAAAGACUAGUUGCGGGUGAUUCAGUGCUUUUCAUCUGGAAUGACAAAAAUCAAUUACUUCUUGGUAUCCGGCGAGCUAAUCGACCUCAAACUGUAAUGCCUUCAUCAGUCUUAUCAAGUGAUAGUAUGCACUUAGGGCUUCUUGCUGCUGCUGCUCAUGCAGCUGCAACAAAUAGUCCCUUCACUAUAUUUUAUAACCCAAGGGCUAGUCCAUCAGAAUUUGUUAUACCUCUCUCAAAAUACAUCAAAGCUGUCUAUCAUACUCGAGUUUCUGUUGGUAUGCGCUUUAGAAUGCUGUUUGAAACAGAAGAAUCAAGUGUUCGUCGAUACAUGGGGACGAUAACUGGCAUAAGUGACUUAGAUCCUGCUCGGUGGCUAAAUUCACAUUGGCGAUCAGUUAAGGUUGGCUGGGAUGAAUCAACAGCUGGUGAAAGGCAGCCGAGAGUUUCCUUAUGGGAGAUUGAACCAUUGACAACAUUCCCAAUGUAUCCAUCUCCAUUUUCUUUAAGGCUCAAGCGCCCAUGGCCACUGGGAUUACCUUCUUUUAAUGGCAUCAAGGAUGACAGUCUAGGAAUUAGUUCUCCACUUAUGUGGGUAAGAGGAGAUGCAGCUCAAGGAAUGCAACAUCUCAAUUUUCAGGGGAUCGGAGAUACCCCAUGGAUGAAGCCGACGCUAGAGGCCUCCAUGUUGGGUUUGCAGAGUGACAUGUACCAAGCUAUGGCUGCUGCAGCAUUGCAAGAGAUGAGGGCUGUGGAUCCUUCUAGAUCAGCAACUGCUUCCCUUCUGCAAUUCCAGCAACCCCAAAAUGUCCCCGGCAGACCUGCCGCUCUAAUGCAGCCCCAAAUGCUUCAGGGUGUUUUCAAAGACAACCAGCAUCAAUCUCAGCCUCAAACUCAGCCACAUGUACUUCAGCAACAUUUGCAGCAUCAGAAUUCAUUUAGUAACCAACAGCAACACCAGCAGCAGCAGCAUCCGUUGUUUAGUAACCGACAGCCCCAGCAUCCGCUGUUUACUAACCAACAACAACAGCAGCCACAGCAGCAACUGGUUGAUCAUCAGCAGAUUUCUAAUGCAAUGUCUGGCGAAUCGCAGUAUGCUUCAGCCUCUCAAUCCCAAUCAUCUCCAUUGCAACCCAUCCAUUCACUAUGCCAACAACAGAGUUUUUCUGAUUCAAAUAGGAACCCUGUUACCAGCCCUGUCGUUUCUCCUUUGCAUAGUCUGUUGGGUUCCUUCCCCCAAGAUGAAUCUUCCAAUCUGCUCAAUUUGCCCCGAACCAACCCCAUAAUAACUUGUGCUGCAUGGCCAUCUAAGCGGGCUGCUGUUGUUCUCUCAUCUGGGUCUCCACAGGUGGAACAUUCGUGGCCAUCCCAAACAAACAUGUCUCAAAAUUCAAUCUCAUUGCUACCUUUUCCCGGCAGGGAGUGCUCAAUAGACCAAGGGGGUACAGAACCACAUAGCCCUUUCUUAUUUGGUGUUAAUAUAGAGCCUUCAUCUGUUCUAAUGCAAAACGGGAUGACAGGCCUUAGGGGAGUUGGCACUGAUAGUGAUUCCUUUUCUAUACCCUUCUUUUCUAAUUAUAUGAGUACUGCAGGGACUGAUUUUUUGGUUAAUCCAACAAUGACACCUUCCGGUUGCAUUGAUGAAUCUGGAUUCUUGCAUUCUCAGGAAAACAUGGGACAAGGAAACCAACAAACUAGAACCUUUGUUAAGGUUUAUAAAUCAGGGUCCUUUGGGAGAUCAUUGGAUAUUUCUGCAUUCAGCAGCUACAAUGAACUCCGCGGUGAACUUGCUCGUAUGUUUGGCCUUGAGGGCCAGUUGGAGGACCCCCUGAGAUCAGGCUGGCAGCUUUUAUUUGUUGACCGGGAGAAUGACGUUCUUCUCCUCGGCGAUGACCCUUGGCCGGAGUUUGUUAACAGUGUAUGGUGUAUCAAGAUACUUUCUCCACAGGAAGUGCAACAGAUGGGCAAACGAGGCAAGGAGCUUCUGAACUCUGUGCCAGUUCAGAGGCUCACAAAUGGCAGUUGCGAUGACUACGUGAAUCGACAGGACUCCAGAAAUCUGAGCUCCAGAUUCGCCUCUGUUGGUUCUUUGGACCACUGA